AUGACUAUUGAUGAUGGAGGAUACGUUAAGGUUGAACACAACAGUGACUUGCAGGAUAUUAAGUAUGAAUCCAGUGAAGGUGAAAAGCCAUACACGUGUACAGAGUGGAAAGCUUUUUGUACAAAAUAUGAGUUAAAUACACACCUUAUCAUUCAUACUGGUGAAAAGCCAUUCAAGUGUACACACUGCGAAAAAUAUUUUUAUUCAACAUCUCAGUUGAAUAGACACGUAAGAAUUCAUGCAGUUGAGAAGCCAUACAAGUGACAGUGUGGUAAGAAUUUUUUUUACAAAUCUCAUCUAAAUAGACACCUGAAAAUUCAUACAGGUGAAAAGCCCUACAAAUGUUGUCAGUGUGGGAAGUGCUUUUCCACAAAGUCUUAUUUAAAUAGCCACCAGAGAAUUCAUUCAGAUGAAAAGCCCUGCAAAUGUACUCAGUGUGAAAAAUGUUUUUCCCAAAGAAAAGCAUUAAAUAUCCACAAGAUGAUUUAUACAGGUGAAAAGCCAUCCAAAUGUACACAGUAUGGUAAGAGUUUUUAUACAAAAUCUCAUCUAAAUAGACACCUGAGAAUUCAUACAGAUGAAAAGCCCUACGAAUGUUGUCAGUGUGUGAAGUGCUUUUCCACAGUCUCUCAUUUCAAUAUCCAUCACAGAAUCCAUACAGGCGAAAAGCCCUAUAAAUGCAUUCAGUGUGGCAAGUGUUUUUUCCUCAAACAAGUGCUUUAAAUCCCCACAAGAGGAUUCAUACAUGUGAAAAACUCUAGAAGCGUAUUCAUUGCGGGAAGUUCUUUUUGAGCACAAGUCAUUUAAAUCACCACCGCAGACUUCAUAUGGGUCUUUCUAAAGUGUUUCAUUAAAAAAAAAAAUUUUUUAAUUCAGGUGAAGAGCCUCAUUGUGUGAAGGGUUAGAAUGAGAGCAUCUUUUACAUGAUGUGCUUUGUAUGGCAGGUGUUCCAGAGGUCCAUUAAAUGUCAGAUGUAGCCUCAUUUCUUUUGCAUUUCAGGGUGAUAAUUUGUGAUAUUCAUGCCAUUGACACAAGAGUAAUUUCUUUGAAAGAAUCUAAGUUAAAACUGUUUUACUGUAGAAAGAAACAUAAUAUGUAUUGCUGGUGUAGAGGCUGUAAUGUAUAUGUCAACUAAAGCUGAUCAUUAAACUUCAGACAGUAUGUUUCAUCUGAAACAUCACUGGAGGAUCAUUGUUUCACACUUUUUUAUACAUUGUACAUGAAUUGCACUGUAGAUUUGGC